AUGUUGAGGAAUUUCAGUCGAAUCUCUAGGCCCUUUUGCAUAAGACCAGGGCGCACUGUAGCGGUAGCUGCCGCUAGUACUUUCAGUAGAACGAUGAAUGUGUCUCAUGGAAUGAGAAAUCAGCCGUUUACUAUACUUACAAGAUCUUCCAAGAGAUUCAACUCAUCCUCGAGCAUAAUAACAGAAGAAGAUAAAGAAAUCUUAAAUGAGGAGCGUGCUGUAGACUACGUAGACGUCUGUAUUGUAGGGGCAGGACCAGCAGGUUUGGCCACAGCUAUUAAGUUGAAACAGCUCGACAAUGAAAGCGGAUCUGGAGAGUUGAGAGUGGUGGUUUUAGAGAAGGCAAGUGACUUCGGAUCGCACAUUGUCAGUGGUGCUGUGCUAGAACCCAGGGCAUUAAAUGAGUUGUUCCCGGACGAUAUAAACGAAGAUGGAAUCUCUUUACCAUCAGAUUUGGUAACCAAAGUCACUGAGGAUCACAUGAGCUACUUGACAGAGAGCUAUGCCUUCCCAUUGCCUGAACCUCCGCAAAUGAAGAAUGCUGGUAAGAAUUUUAUUGUCAGUCUUAAUAAUGUUGUGAAGUACCUUUCGGAGCAAGCAGAGGAACUAGGCGUGGAGCUCUACCCCGGAAUCUCUGUGGAUGGUGUGAAAUAUGAUGAAUCUGGAGAAUCUAUAACCGGUGUGUUUACAAAGGACAUGGGGGUAGACAAAUUUGGGAAGCCAAAGGGCUCUUUUGAAAGAGGUAUGGAGUUCCAGGCAAGAAUGACUGUCCUCGGAGAAGGAUGUCAUGGAUCUUUAACGAAACAAGUCAUUGCCAAGUACAAUUUACGUGAAGGUAGAGACCCACAAACGUAUGGAAUUGGUAUUAAAGAAGUAUGGGAAGUUUUGCCAGAGAACUUCGAAAAGGGAUAUGUGGGUCAUAGUAUGGGGUUCCCAUUGAGCUCUGAUGUAUACGGAGGUGGCUUCAUGUACCACUUUGGAGAUGGUUUAGUUGCGGUUGGAAUUGUGGUUGGUUUAGAUUAUGCUAAUCCAUACGUAUCUCCAUACCAAGAAUUCCAAAAGAUGAAAACUCAUCCGUACUACAAAAACUACUUGGAAGGUGGUAAGUGCGUUUCCUAUGCAGCCAGAGCAUUGAAUGAAGGUGGACUUCAAUCUAUUCCGCAACUUUACUUCCCAGGAGGUGUAAUAGUAGGCUGUUCCGCUGGGUUUAUGAACGUUCCCAAGAUCAAGGGUACCCAUACAGCCAUUAAGUCUGGUAUAAUAGCAGCAGAAUCAAUUUUCGAAGAAAUUAAAGAAUUAGAACCAUACAGCGAAGAGCUGGUUGAAGAAGAAGGAUCGAGCGAUGCAAUUACUUUAAGAUCUUACGAAGAAGCAUUUAAUAAGUCUUGGGCCCAUGAUGAGUUGAACCAGGUAAGAAAUGUGCGUCCAUCUUUCAACAAUGGAUUCUUAUUCGGAUUGGCACAUUCUGGACUCUCAACGUUUGUAACGAAGGGAGCUGAACCAUGGACCUUUUCACACCCACAUACUGACGCUGCAGCUACUCAACCAGCUUCCAAAUUCAAACCAAUAGAGUACCCUAAACCUGAUGGUAAAUUAACAUUCGAUUUACUUACAUCUGUUUCAAGGACUGGUACCUACCACGAUGAAGAUGAAAAAUGCCAUUUAAGAAUCCCCAAUCAAGAUUAUCGUGAACACACGGAAAUUUCUUAUCCAAAGUACAAGGGAAUCGAGCAAAAGUUCUGUCCCGCUGGAGUAUAUGAAUACGUGGAAGAUGAGUCUGAACCUUUAGGAGUAAGAUUCCAAAUCAACAGUCAGAACUGUAUACAUUGUAAGACCUGUGACAUCAAAGUUCCAACCCAAGACAUCACAUGGACCGUGCCAGAGGGUGGUGAUGGUCCAAAAUACUACAUGACAUAG